CUGUGACCGAGAAGGAUGCGCCGCAUUUUGGGAUGAUCCCUCAAGCUGGUCCGCAGUACCACAUGUUCCCCCCUUGUCAAGUUCGACGGGGCUCCGCGCCAUACGUCAACUCGCCGGCGAUGGAGGAGAAGCUAAAGCCUAAGCUACACGACCACGAGGCGGUGGCCAAGCCGCGUCGCCGUCCGCUGCCGCCCAUGCCGAUGCCCGUCUCGGAUUCCGUCCUGUCCUUCUUCCUCGACUCGCCGUCCUCGUCCACGUCCUCUUCGGAGAACUCGCGUCUACACAACUCCGGGAGUUCAGAGGAGCCUGUGGCCAACGACCGGCGACGCACUAGCGUACGCUCGAGCGUGAUGCUCGACUCGAUGCGGCGCUAUCCGUCCCUCAGUCGCAGUCGUAGCGACGUCAGUAUCAAGUCGAGUAGUAGCUGCCGCGCGCACCUGGUGCCCCGCUCGUCGUCCACCAGCACGUCGUCCACUAUGUCGCUCAAGAAGCGGCCGCGCAGCUUGGCCAACCAUCUCGGAGGCUUCGUGCUGCACUCGGUCACGCCACGAGAAUCAUCGAUUCUGCAGUACACGUCCAUGGUGUCGCCCGGUACACACACAGAGUACGAACUGGUGCUUGAAGACACGAUGGUUUCUGGCGUAGGAGAGAGGUGGGUCGUCUCGAGACGAUAUUCAGGUUUCAGGACACUACGAGACGAACUGGCGCUGGUAUUCGACCGACGGAACCACCCAGGGGCAGCGGAGGACAGCAAACAGGCUCACUGUCAGCAUUGCGCGCCGAUGAUGGAAGCGCUGGACAAACUGAGCUCGAAAUAUUUCCCCAAGCGGCGACUGUGGGGUUCCAAGAGCUCCAAAGUCGUGCAGCAACGUGCAGAACUCUUCUUCAAGUAUGUACAGGGCCUACUAACACUCGCUACUAGUCGAUCUACCCGUCGCUGCCCGCUCGUGACGCUGGGCUUCGCUGUGCAGCUGCGGACGUUCCUCACACUCGAACGUGAACCGUACCGGGACGCGCCGGGCACAUUCGGAGGCAGCGCUGUCCCGUUCCUACUGAAUGAAAUGACUCUGAUGGACGCGAGACCGGAUAACGCCACGACACUCAUGACUAUCGACGAGCUCGACGCUGCCCGUGCAGACUCGGACGAGGAGGCGGAAUACGAUCUAGGACGCCAUCCGGAUGACAACCAGGUGAUCGACUUGCCGUCUCCUGUAUACGUGCUCGAGGAGCAAGAUGAACUCCGUUCGUGGGACGGAUUCCAGCAGUGGGAAGAGGCCUCUGUGACCAGCUCCUGUACGCACUAAUGAACUAUAGACACAGUAAACUACACACUCAAACGUAUACUUAAUCACAACCAGCGAGGCCGUGCACGCAGUCAAGUCCAUCGGAAGACUGAUAUUAGACGUGAACGGGCUUCGCCUGGUCUUAUUCCACUCAUA